CCUCUGGCCUUUAGGGGGCGCCACAGUAGAAUCUCAUUUAUUUAUUUUGUUUGUAAAGUUUUCUUUCUUCCUACAGACUUUGAACUCAUCAUCAUAUUCGUCCUGUUUGAAUACAAAUCCCACAAUUCUCUGCGAGUGAACAUCUGACUAAAUCCAAACAGCUGUGUGUGUGUGUGUGUGUGUGUGUGCGCGCGUCCCUGGGGGCAGGAUGACAGUGUUAAUCUGAGGGGGCGGGCCCUGAUGGGAGUAAAAACCAAUAAUCCAUCCAAACAACAGACUGGAGGACAAAAAGAGAGAGAGCGAAAUAAAAGAUAAAAGGACUGCACCUUCAUCAUCAUCAUCAUCUUCAUCAGUGAGAAAAAAAACACCUGCUCAGGUGGAUCACCAUGACAACAGAGCCAGGUGAACCCCAGGAGGCCCAGCACAAAGAGGGGGAGUCUUUUACUGAAGCCACCGCCCACUCUACACCUAAACAGAGCGAGGAAGGCGGGGCCAAUCAGAUCCACGGCUCAUUGGCUGAAGACUCGACGAGUCACCUGUCGUCCAAUGUCACUCGUUCUCCAGCCAGAGGGACGAUCAACUUCUGGACAAUGAACACGAGAGUGACUCUCCUGGAUGGUUCCACCUUCACCUGCACUUUAGAGAAACGAGCUCGUGGUCUUCAGCUUUUUGAAAAAGUCUGUGAACAUGUGAAUCUUCUGGAAAGAGAUUAUUUUUCUCUGUCGUUCAGAGACACAGACGACAACAAGAACUGGUUGGAUCCAGCGAAGGAUAUAAAGAAACAGGUCAGAGGUGUCCCCUGGAACUUCUCCUUUAAUGUCAAGUUUUACCCUCCUGACCCUGCCCAGCUGUCUGAAGACCUCACCAGGUACUUCCUGUGUCUCCAGCUCAGACAGGACAUCAUCUCUGGUCGUCUUCCCUGUUCAUUUGCUACUCACACUGUCCUCGGUUCUUACACUGUCCAGUCAGAGCUUGGAGACUACGACCCAGAUGAAUGUGGAUCAAACUACAUCAGUGAACUGAGUUUUGCUCCAAAUCAAAGUAAAGAGAUGGAAGAGAAGAUCAUGGAGCUGCAUCAUAACUACAGAGGAAUGUCUCCAGCUGAAGCUGAAUUGCAUUUUCUGGAAAAUGUCAAGAAACUUUCAAUGUAUGGAGUCGACCUUCAUCACGCAAAGGACUCAGAGGGCGUGGCCAUCAUGCUGGGCAUUUGCAGUAGUGGUCUGCUCAUCUACAGGGACAGACUGAGGAUCAACAGAUUCUCAUGGCCCAAGAUUCUGAAGAUUUCAUACAAAAGAAACAACUUUUACGUCAAGAUUCGACCUGGAGAGUUUGACCAGUUUGAGUCCACCAUUGGUUUCAAGCUGUUUAACCACAGAGCAGCGAAGCGACUGUGGAAAGUGUGUGUGGAACAUCACUCCUUCUUCAGGCUGGUGUCUCCAGAGGAACCCCCUAAAAAGUUCCUGUCUCUGGGAUCAAAGUUUCGGUACAGUGGUCGGACUCAGAUUCAGAGCCGCAGGGCCAGCGCUCGGAUCUCCAGACCUGCACCACAUUUUACCCGAUGUGUCAGCAAGAGGAACCUGAUGAGCCGCAGCCUGGAUGGAGGCCAGAUGACCACGCCCACACCUUCGUUGAUUGGCUCUCCAGUCAUCACAGCCAAUGGCAGUCCUCACACAGAUAUGGGGGUGGGACUUUACGCGGCGUCUAAAUCCGUUGGCGUCAGUGACCUCAUGACCUCAGGGUCACCUGAGAGGAGGACGGAGAAGACACGAGGUGCACAGCAGGAAGUGAUAGAGGCGGCCAUGGAAGCGGAGCAGGAAGUGAUAGAGACGGCCAUGGAGGCGGAGCAGGAAGUGAUAGAGACGGCCAUGGAGGCGGAGCAGGAAGUGAUAGAGACAGCCAUGGAGGCGGAGCAGGAAGAGAUAGAAGAAGAUGAGACACUGACAAGAGUGAUGGAAGUGUCUCAGCAGAGUCCUCCAACUCACAAACAAGACACCAAGACAGAGUUGACUGACACAGCUAUGGACGGAGACCUGACUGCUACUGAGUCUGACCAGGAUGAAGACUUGAAAACUCAGGAGGCACUGGACAGUCCAGAGGACGUCCAGAAUCCUAGGCAUCAGGACAUCAGUGCUCUGAGACGCUCCUUCUUGGAGGGAGGACAGACAGGAGGAGGACAGACAGAGUGGGAGAGACGUCUCGCUGCGUCCCCUCUGCGCCGGGCGGACGACUCCCCCAUGAUUGAACCCUUGGAGCCAGAUGAGGAGGGUGGGGUCAAAAUAAACCAAGCUCCCCCUCAGCCAAUCAGAGAGAAGUGCCACACUGUUGGGCGGAGCUACGACACAACCUCAGGGAAGAUCGUCUCCGUGACGUCUCGGGACACUAGCUUCGACGUUACCAUGACAAUGAGUCUGGAGAUGGGCAGACAGGCUCCGCCCAUUCCACCGUCCACUGAUGAUGACAUCACAGGACGAACGCUGAUGACUAUCUGUGAGGUGAAGACACCAGUCUCACCGCUGGAACCACCGCGUGGCAUCUGUGCAGCCAUUAGUGAGACUGGAGGAGGAGGAGCCUCUGUGAUGUCACCUCUGACCCUCUGUCCAAACUCGUCUCAGGCCGCAGUGGCUGAAGCCGUGUUUGAGGAAAUGUCUCCUGAACUGAAGACGCUGCUCCGGUCAGCCAGAGAACAAGAAACUCUGCUGAAGACUUCUGAGAAUUCGGAUACGAAGUUCCUGAUGACGGAGUCACGUGACCACGACCGGCCACUUGUGGACCAGCACCAGAGUUGGGUGGGUGUGGACUCUGAUCAUGUGACAGGUUUCCUGCUGAGUUCACAAACAUUCACCUCAGAGACGGCCAAUACCAGCACCACCACACACAUCACCAAGACGGUGAAAGGAGGAAUUUCAGAAACAAGAGUUGAGAAAAGAAUUGUGAUUUCUGGAGACACUGAUGUGGACCAAGACCAGGCUCUGGCAGCAGCGCUAAGUGAAGCGAAGCGAGAACACCCUGAACUUUGUGUCACACGAGUCGUCGUCCACAAAGAAACAUGUGAUUCGUUAGUUUCACCACAGGACUGAAGCUUCAAACCUGCUGCAUCAUGGGAGCUGUAGUCCAGACAUCAGUGCCAACGACAGGAUUGCUGCAGACACAAGCACACACACAAACACACAGACACACACAAAGUCACUCUCUCACUCUGUUAGCAUUAGCUUGAUUGUAGCUUUAGUUAUUUUCAUGUUUAAGAUUAAACUUAAGUUUUAUAAAUGAAUGAUUAAAUUAUAACACAAAUUGUGUGUGUGUGUGUUGGGGGGUGCUGCCCAAAUUAGCUUUGGCUGUAUAAGCCCCGCCCCUCAAACAUGAUUGGAUCAUGUCUCUCACACUGUUAACGUAGCAUGAAUGCUAGCACUGUAACGGCUCUAUAUUUACCCAUAAUGCUCUAGUGUUGUGAAUCAUCUGUGUAUUUAUUUAUUGAUUGCACUCACACACUCACACACACAGACACCAAAUAUAAAUAAAGUGUAAAUAAACAACAGAAA